AUGACGGAUUUGGGCAGUGCGCUGCUGCGCACAGCUUUGAAGCUGCUACUCGGCCUCUACCUCUUCUACAAACUAUUCAGCUUCGCUCGACAUUAUAUCCAUGCCCGCCACGCUGGCUUCCCAAUUUUCGUGUCCCCGGUCUUCUCCAAGGCCAUUCCCUUUCUGGUUCUCGCACCAGCUUUGCAGCCAGUUCUCCGGAAAUAUCUCCCUGAGUGGAUCUACGAUCGACUGGAUCUUCUUAUUCUCGGCUGGGAGUUUCGUAGCAAGCGAAGGUACCAGGAACGGCUAGGGAAGGUGUUCAGCAUAGUUACUCCCGAUGAGUGCGCUCUGGUCGUUGCUGAUGCAGAUAUCGGCACUCUCAUCUUACAGCGCAAGAACGACUUCCUCCAAGCCCCAAUCACGGCAACCUUUAUGGGAUUCUUGGGACCGAACAUCUUUACGAAUAACGGCGACGAAUGGAAACGACAUCGUAGACUCUUCUCAGCUAACUUGGACGAGAGAAUCAGCAGAACGGUCUGGACGGAGGGCUGCCAACAAUCAGUGACUAUGCGAGACUAUAUGGCCGGCCGGGCAGGCGGCGAGACGCUGGAUGGCCUACGGAGUCUGGCCGUCAAUGUCAUUGGCCAGGCAGGAUACAGCCAGAAACAGCCUUGGUCGCCUCAGCUUCGGGAACUCGGGAUGCAUACAGGAACUGACGACCGUACGGCCUAUUUCUCGACUCUUUCCAUGAUAGCCAACGCCUUUGUCCAGGCAGCUCUGGUCCCUUCUUGGGUAUUGAGGCUGCCAACCAUGCCGAGUUCGAUCCAAACACUGGGCUACCACCUUCAGAGGAUUCCUGAGUAUACCAAGUCGGUUCUUAAUGAAGAGAGAAGUAUCAUUGAGAACGAAAGCGGUGCUCGCAGCAACUUUCUGAGUCUGCUAGUUCGCCUCUCAGACGCGGAAAAACGCAGCAAGACUGGAUUUUCUCUAACGGAUGAAGAGAUCAGCGGCAAUCUUUUUGUUUUCACAACAGCAGGUUUCGAAACGACCGCGAACACCAUGGGAUAUUCCGUGGCAUUACUCGCCGCACACCCGCAAUAUCAAGACUGGUUGCGCGAGGAAUUGCAAGGUUUGGAUCUCGAUCCCACGACAUGGGCUUACGAUGACGUUUUUCCGAAAUGCAAGCGAACAUUGGCCAUCAUGCUGGAAACGUUGCGCCUGUUCCCGCCGGUUCUUCAUAGCAUGCGUGCAAUCCACGAAUCCCAACAGUUCGUCAGCGAGAGGGGAACACACUCUCUCUUUCCGCCAAUGGAUAUCUUCAUAAGUCAAGCCGCCAUUCAUCUCGACCCUGAAUAUUGGGGCCCAGACCCUGAGGCUUUCAGGCCAACUCGGUGGAUCGAUGGUGCAGGCCAGGUCAUAACACCCGCCAAAGGCACCUUUAUCCCCUGGUCCGAGGGGGCGAGAAUGUGUCCUGGUAUGAAGAUGUCUCAGGUCGAGUUUGUCUCAACUAUAGCCACUUUAUUCCGGUCCUCCAAAUGCGAGGUUCUCCCGACAGGGGGGUUGUAUCGGGCUGAGGAUCUGCAACAGAGGCUGAAAGACUUGAUGGCUGAUUCAGUCACAAAGCUGACUCUACAAUUCCGAGACCCUAAUGCAGUGUUGCUACACUGGAUGCAAGAUGGAUUUUGCGAAGAAUCGGUAGUGAAUACAUAA